AUGGACCAAGAAAGACCGACAGACUUUUCUUUACUGAGGAGCUCUGAGCAGGCUCACAAAAUGAAAAUGGAUGCAGCUAUUGAUAUUGUGGUCGUGGGGUGCAUCAAUACAGACCUCGUGUCGUUCGUUCCUCGUCUGCCGAGUGUGGGAGAGACAGUUUUCUCCGAUGCACUGGAGACGCAUUUUGGGGGCAAAGGGGCCAACCAAGCUGCCCAGGCUGCUCUGCUAAUGCAGUGCAGGAAUGCACCUUCUGAAACAGUGUUCCACGAAUGCGCCUUUAGCGGCUCUUGCGAAGGUGCUGAAGAUGCACUUCGCCAAAAUGGAGCAGCUGCUGCUACGCUUGUUGACGACUCUUCACUCGGUGCGGCCAAAAGGCAGACACCCAUAUGUGGCGUUGCAAUGGUCGGUAGAGUGGGAAGGGAUACUGCCGGGUUGAGUUUUAUUCGCCACUUCAGGUCCCUUGGUAUUGAGACAAGGGGCAUCUCCAUGGACUCGGACAAGCGCACCGGCACUGCCCUCGUCACUGUGGCUCACGGCGGAGAAAACACCAUUGCUUAUGUGCCUGGUGCCAAUGCAUCUUUAAGAAGAGAGCACAUUACGAUCGACCCUGCUGCAUCGUUGCUUAGAAACGCGAAGGUGGUCGUUUCGGAAAAUGGCAUCCCUGGGGAAAUUUCAGUUGAAUGUUUCCGCAUUGCCAAGGAGGGGAACUCCCAAGUUUUGACGAUAUUCACUCCUGCGCCGGUUGACCGAGUCAAUCCAGAGAUAUGCUGCUUCACGGAUUUCUUGCUUUGCAACAGUGUGGAGGCAAGGUUGCUCGUGAAGAUGUGGGGCAAAGGAAGUAUCGCCAGCGAGACCAACGUUGAAGAAAUCGCACGUCAACUGCAUGAAGUAAUUUUGCGGACUGCUUCAAAGUUUCCUCAGGGGCUGCGGGGUCGAGCCAAUGUUGUGAUCACGCGAGGGUCCCAGCCUUGUGUUUUGUUUGCAAAUGGAAGAAUCAUUCAAGUACCAGUAGCGAAGACAGUUCCGAGCGAACUUGUGGUCGAUACGACGGGAGCAGGUGAUUCGUUCGCUGGGUCUCUUGCCUACUUUUUACUGAAGAUGCCAGCUUCUCCGGAAGUGGCUGUUUCAAGGGCAACGUUUGUGGCAGCGCAGUCAGUGACCAAGAAAGGCGCUGCUGAAAGCUACGCAGGAAAGCGUGAUCUUCCCGAUCACCUAUUUCAGCCCCAGUAG